AAAACAAACCGUACAAUACGUCAAUAAGCAAUGCACAACUAAACAAAUCCAAGUGUAAACAUGCAUUUCAGAACAGCUACAUAAACAAAACGUCAGCUCUCGUUUUCAAAACCUGAGGGUCAACAAGUCUAGAACAGACAUAAUCCUGUCAAUCAGUUAUGAAAGCUGCAUGCACAAACCCACAAUAGUACACACACGCGCACAUGCAUAUGCAGCAGGCUUUGGCAUGUUAUAAGAGUUUGCUAACCUUUUUCGAACACAUUCCAGAGAGAAACAGCAGAGGUGAUAACAGGGCAACCCAACACACUUUCUUUUAUCAAACUCUAAGAAGUAAAAGAGAUGGCUGAGGAAAACCUCAAUCCUCUAUCAGAAGAAGCCGGAUUCUUCUGUUUGGCAACAGAGGCUCGCUCAGGGACACAAGUCACCCAGCCCUUCCCACGCUCUCCAAAACUGAUCAGAAAACCAUCAGGGAACUCUCCAAAACCUUCCGAGCUGCCGGUCUGGUUGGAGGAGUUGAAGAAGGAGAAAAAAAAAACUGAAGCUCAUCUGGAAUCAAUUAAAAAGCGUCAAACAAACUUAAUUACAAGUUCAGAAACAAUGAAGCAGCGGAUACAGGAGUGCUUUGAGGGGCUACAUAUGGCUCUGCAGGAGGAUGAACAGGCGGUUUUGGACAUGAUAGAGCAAGACCGCAGAGAGACGAGCAGUAAACUGAACAGAAUACUUAAAGACUGGAAUCAACACCUCGCUCUCCUGCAGAAACACAUCACCGUUAUGCAAUCUGCCCAAGAUGGCCCAGUCGAGUCUCUGAAGCAGCUGUUUCCUGAGGAUUUUAAAAUGACAUGCUGUCGUAAGAAACUGGACCCGGCUGAAGAGGAGAUAAAAAUGAAUGAGGAGAAGGCCCAGAAGCUCAUGAAGGCUCUUAGAAACAUCUCCAAAGAUCUAAAAGCUCAGCUACAACAAAAGACCCUGCUGCUGGAUUCCUCAAAUGUGGCAAUCGACAAACAGACCUGUCACAAACAGAUCAAGGUGUCCUCAGAUGGGCGAGUCUUGGGUCUUUCCACAGAGGACCGCUCCAUUCCCGAUGACCCUUUGAGGUUUGAUCAGCUGUACUGUGCCUUAAGCUGUUUUGCAAUCAAAACUGGUAAGCACUAUUGGGAGGUGGAUGUGCACUGCUGUCCAGCAUGGGCUGUGGGCGUGGCUUAUGGCAGCAUACAAAGGAGGGGGCGGGACAAAGGUGCCAAACUUGGACGGAACAGGUGCUCGUGGAGUCUUGAGUUUCAGGACGGGCACCUCACGGCCUGGCACAACGAUCGACACUUGGCACUUCCGGUCACAGCAGCCCGGGCAGCACCGAACCGGGUGGGAGUGUUUGUAAACUAUAUUAAGGGCCGUGUUAGGUUUUAUGAUGCUGAGACUAUGAGAAUGCUGCAUGAGUUUUCAGCUGUGCAAACGGCUGUGUUUGACAGAGCCCAUCAUCAGUUUACUGAACCUCUCUACCCAGCAUUCCGAUUCUUCACACCCAGAGACAGACACACAGGCCAUAACCAUAUGGAGGUUUGUGACCUCAGUCUUUAAAGCAGCCCUCAUUUUAUUCUCAUAUUAAUCUCGAGUACCUAAAGAGUAGUAUUGCAAACUUCGUAUCUUCGAAGAGUAUUUAGUUUGUUCAAAUUUAUAAAAAUAGGUACAGCUGUACGAUUAUUUCCGAAAUCAUACGGCGUGUGCGGGGGGAGGGGUAGGCUGAACUAAAGCACACUGCCAGCAAAACACAGACGUUAGUUUAACUCACCGCAUGUGUUUCAUGUCCGGCAUCUUUUAGCGCUGGGACAGCUCCAUAUAUCAGUUUUAAAAUGAUUUUCAAAUCCAGUGUUAUAUCCGCAGUUUAUAUAACAGUCAUCACCCAAAUGCAGUGAACAAACAAACACCUGAACUUCGCGAACGUAUGCUCUCUCUUUAUCUCUCUCCUGCACUCAAAUAAAAGUGACGUCUGCGCAUGCUCCUGCUCUCAUUGCUGCUGCGAGGGCGGGCUUUUUCCGGGAGAAUUGUCCAAUAAGGGACUAAGAAAAAUUGUUACGACACAGUUUUAUAUAUUCGAAAAAAACCUGUACAAUCUCUUGGGGAGUGUAUCGAGAACAGAAAUACCACGUAAUACGUCCAACUCGUUUUUUGACAAGUUUACCAUGUUAAGCAUGCGAAGACAGCACAUUUUACAUUGAAAAAGAAGUCAAAAUGCAUGACACAUUAUUGCAGCACCCCUUUAAAUAAAUAUUCCUUGGUUAUACUGAGAUGUUACAAACAGGAUCUACUUUUUCAAGUUAUUAUGUCUUAAAGGGAAAGUUUGCCAUUUUUAGUCAUAGGGGCAUUUUAACGUGAUAUAAAUCUGUCUUUGUGUUAUGGCUUUACGUUUUUUGUAUACAG